AUGUCCACUUUCGGUGUGCACGGCCUUGACCUCAAGUACCCUCGCCCCCGGAGGGCUGUCGAGGAACCACCCGUGAAGCAGCCGCAGCAGGCAACUUUUACCGUGACUAAACGGGAGAUAGGGGUCACAAACGUGUGCAAGAAUUGGAUCAGUGAAAUGCGCCUCAGCGAGAUGCCUUCCAAUUGCAACGGGACCUGCCAACACUACACUGACCCCACA